CCCUGGUUUUUAAAUCACCCCUCCAACCUCUAUGCCUACGAGAGCAUGGACAUCGAGUUCGAGUGCGCGGUCUCUGGGAAGCCGGUGCCCACGGUGACCUGGAUGAAGAACGGAGACGUGGUCAUUCCUAGCGACUAUUUUCAGAUCGUGGGAGGAAGCAACUUACGGAUCCUUGGAGUGGUCAAGUCGGACGAGGGCUUUUAUCAGUGUGUGGCUGAGAAUGAGGCCGGCAAUGCCCAGACCAGUGUACAGCUUAUUGUCCCGAAGCCUGCAAUCCCAAGCUCCAGUGUGCUCCCUUCUGCUCCCAGAGAUGUGGUUCCUGUCUUGGUUUCCAGUCGGUUCAUCCGUCUCAGCUGGCGCCCACCCGCAGAAGCAAAAGGGAACAUUCAAACCUUCACUGUCUUUUUCUCCAGAGAAGGUGACAACAGGGAACGAGCAUUGAAUACAACCCAGCCUGGGUCCCUUCAGCUCACGGUGGGGAACCUGAAGCCGGAAGCCAUGUAUACCUUCCGCGUGGUGGCCUACAAUGAGUGGGGGCCAGGGGAGAGUUCGCAGCCCAUCAAAGUGGCCACUCAGCCUGAGUUGCAAGUUCCAGGGCCCGUAGAAAACCUGCAAGCUGUAUCUACCUCACCUACCUCAAUUCUUGUUACCUGGGAACCCCCUGCCUAUGCAAAUGGUCCAGUUCAAGGUUACAGAUUGUUCUGCACUGAGGUGUCUACUGGGAAGGAACAGAAUAUAGAGGUUGAUGGACUGUCUUAUAAGCUGGAAGGUCUGAAAAAAUUCACAGAAUACAGUCUUCGAUUUCUGGCUUAUAAUCGCUAUGGGCCAGGAGUCUCUACUGACGACGUGAUGGUGGUUACGCUUUCUGAUGUGCCGAGUGCCCCACCUCAGAAUGUCUCCCUGGAAGUGGUGAAUUCGAGGGCAGCGUAUUGA